UUUAUUUUAUUUUUUAUUUCAUUUAUUAUUUUAAUUUUAAUAUGGGUCUGGUGGCUAAAUCAUUGAGAACAUUUUUCGCUCAGUAUCUUAGAGCAAAAUAUGCUUUGUUAGGGGCAAGCAAGCAAGCAGGUUUUUGCCAAAGCCGAAUGAUAAAAAAAUUAUCAUGUCAAGUUCGCACGAUACCAGGGAUUGGCUGAAGGCUUUUAGCCAAUCAGAAGUGUGAUAGGGAAUAAAAUUUAUAAUGAUAUUGUCCAAUGGAAAUACUGAAUUUGUUUCCCGAUUGACAAGCAGCUGUUGGACGGAAUUUCAAUUUUUGAGAAGUUUUUGAUUAUCAUCGUCCUUCCAUAGUUACUGCAUCACAAAACUAUACAGGCUUUUUUGUUGUUGAAAGAUGCCCAAAAUGAAACAAGCUUUUUUCCUCUUCAUUUGUUCUUUUCUUUUUACCAAAAGUGUGGCAUUUGUUCGGCAACAGCAGUUUAAAAGAGGACUUCUUCAAUUAGAGAAAGGGAAAGUACUUACUGGUCACGUGAUAUCAAGCCAUCACGUGGUAUCACCAGUUGAUUGUAGUUUUCUAUGUACAAGCAAUGCCCAGUGUUUGUCGUACAACUACAAACCAAAAGGGGCUGAUGACAAGGAUGUCUGUGAGCUGAACAACGCUACCAGAAAAUCCGACCCAGGAUCUUAUCAGGACAAUGCUCUGUACAUCCACUACUAUGAUGCACAAACAGAGGAUGCCAAGUCUUGUCUUGAUUACCUUCGGAGUGGACUGACUCAGAACGGCAUCUAUGACAUCACAAACAGGAGUGGGGGUACAUACAAAGUCUGGUGUGAUCUCAGCUCAGAGCCUGGAUCUGCAUGGACUCUUAUCCUCUCGUAUGCCCACAAGAACAGACACAACGAGGGAUUCUGUUCGGUUUCUUUUACCAAAGACAAAGUAAGGCAGAAUAAUAAUCCAAACUGGGAAAACUAUCGUUUAGGUUUUGGUCGGAUGAAAUCCAUUUCAGACCAAUCAACACAUGUCAGAGUGACGUCAAGUUUUCCUGUUCAUGGUGUCGAUUAUCGAGACUACUUGAGAGCCAAGAUUUCAAGUGUAGACAUCUUGAGUUUUACUGGGGCUAAAGUCUGUAAGACUGUAGAAUACAUUGACAUCCGAGGUAUCAAGGGAAAAGAUAUCACAGUGCCAUUCUGGCAAAAUGAUGUGUUUUUUUUCCACACCGACAGUUCUGGGAGACAUUGCCAGUAUGAUGCCACCAGUGGAUCAGUAAACAGUGAAAAUAAUUUUGGCACAACGUGCCUUGAAU